GCGGGGGUUGGGAGAGUCGGAAACCACACCCUGGGGUGGACAAGGGUAGCCCCAUGAAUCCAAAGGGCAGGGCAGUGAGCAGUGCUGCAGCAAUGCAGCGAGCUCCCCAAGAAACCCCGACGAAGACUCGAAAUGCAUCCAAGGCCGGUGCAAAGCUGCCCUGUGUCCCCACCCCCAUGCACAGAUGGGUGCCAUGACCCACUGGGUUAGAGGCUUGCCUCCAGGGUCCAGGAUCUGUGGGAUGGCCUCUCCUCUUCCCUGUAGGGCCUGCCUCUGCACAGACCUGCAUGCCAGGGUUUCUGUGAGCAGCAGCAUCCCAGCCUUGGGAGGUGGUGGCAGCCAGCAGGUUCUCUGCCCCAGGCCUGACACAGAAGUCUCAAGCAAGGCCUGGAGCCCAGUGACCAGCCUUUGUACUUGGGGAUGUGGAAUCCAGGAGCCUAGCGAAUGCUCCCAUCUUCUUGGAGUCCACACAUAUCCUGGACUCUCCUGGGUACCACUUCUGCCUGGGCCGGAGUGCUUCCAUUAAAGCUUGCUUGUCCACACCUCCUCUCGAGUUAUUCUGCACGAUCCCUGGGCUCACAGUUUAGAGAAAAACAGAGGCGAGCAAGGCCAGGCGCAUGUUCCUUUUUGGCUCACAGUCUGUAGGGAGACCACUGAAUAGGCAGAAGCCUAAGGCUACGAGAUGGGACCAGAGACUGUGAGGCAGUGCACCCUUGCCCUGCUGCCCCUGGCCCAGAAGGACUGGACUUUUUAGCUGGGUCCCCACCUUGGAAACACUUAAGGUUGGGAACUAGACCCUGACCUUCCAAUUCCCUAGGGUCAUGAUUGCUGAGCGAGGCACACAGCCCUACCCAGUCCUUGAGGUCCCUGCCCUAGAAACCCUGCUGGUGGCCCAGAACCCUUCCCACACUCAGCCCUCCCAGGGGCCCAACACCUGUGGACUAACGGCCCUUUGAUUUCCUUCCCUCUCCUCGGUCCCCAAGCCCCCUUUCCUGAGGAAAAGCCACCACUCCUGCUAAGCCACUCCACCCCCUGGGAGGGAGGAGCAUCCUUUGGCCCCUGGCUCCUAAAGCUAGCCCUGCUCAUAUCCCAGUAGGAGGGACACUGCCUUGGUGGGUCUGGUCCUGAAGACAUCUAGGGACCUCAGCCCUGGACCCACAGAUGUGAUGUCCAUGUGAACACAAUCUGCCUGCCUAGCUUCCACUCCUCCCUGCUCCACCUGGGUAAUGGGUGUGCACACAGCCCACCCCUGUCUAGAUUCAGGGGUGUCAUGCUGAGAUGAGAUUUUUGCCAGGGGGUAGGAAGGGGCUGUCACAGCAUGAGCAGAAAACUGGGUAAGGCAGGAUUCAGCUACGGCCCUGGGGUGCCCCCAUCCCUCACGCCCGCCCGUCUACAUCUGAGAACAAGACAGACCAGGAACCCCUACUCCAAAAGUGAUGUGCCAGUGACGACUGGACAUACUUGUGUUAAAGACCUCAGCUGAUAUCUUAAACUGCUCUGUGACUUUGGCACCAGCAGCCCCACCGGCGCUCACUGUGUUUCAGGAGGGCCCCGCUCCCGGCGGCCUCAGCUCCGUGGUCCACGGUGGGUCCCGCGGGAGAUGGCCCCUGGGGAGCCUGCGUUGCUGCUGCUGCUGCUACUGCUGCCCGCUCCGCUCCUCGGGCUCCCCCUGCGCGCGGCGGCCUGCCCUGCCUCCUGUCGCUGCUACAGCGCCACGGUGGAGUGUGGCGCCCUGCGACUGCAAGCCGUCCCGCCCGGAAUCCCGCCGGGCACACAGACGCUCUUCCUGCAGGACAACAGCAUCGCGCGCCUGGAGCUGGGCGCCCUGGCCCCUCUCCCGGCACUGCGCCGACUCUACUUGCACAACAACAGUCUGCGUGCUCUGGAACCCGGCACCUUCCGCGCGCAGCCGCGCCUGCUGGAGCUCGCGCUCACCAGCAACCGGCUGCGGGGCCUGCGCGCUGGGGCCUUCACUGGCCUGGCACAGCUGCGCGUGCUCUACCUGGCCGGCAACCAGCUGGUGCACCUGCUAGAUUUCACCUUCCUGCACCUGCUGCGUCUGCAGGAGCUGCACCUGCAAGAAAACAGCAUUGAGCUGCUGGAAGGCCAGGCCCUGGUAGGGCUGGCCUCACUCGCCCUGCUGGACCUCAGCAGGAACCGGCUGGGCACCAUUAGCCACGAGGCCUUGCAGCCCCUGGUCAGCCUGCAGGUCCUGCGCCUCACAGAGAACCCCUGGCGCUGUGACUGUGCCCUGCACUGGCUGGGUGCUUGGAUCAAGGAAGGGGGCCAGCGGCUGCUCAGCUCCAGGGACAAGAAGAUUGUGUGUGCAGAGCCCCCACGCCUGGCCCUCCAGAGCCUCUUGGACAUCUCUGGCAGCAGCCUCAUAUGCAUCCCCCCAUCUGUGCACGUGGAGCCCCUGGAGGUCACGGCCAACCUGGGUGAGGACCUGCGUGUGGCCUGCCAGGCUUCUGGCUACCCGCAGCCUCUGGUCACCUGGAGGAAAGUCAGCCAGCCUCGUGAGGAAUGGCCGCCGGCCCAGGCCCACCCAGGUGGAGGGGUGCUAAGGCUAGGCGGGCACGGAGCCCCCGACACGGGCAGCGGCAUGCUCUUCCUCACCAACAUCACUCUGGCCCACGCCGGCAAGUACGAGUGUGAGGCUUCCAACGCCGGCGGGGCCGCCCGAGUGCCCUUCCAGCUGCUGGUCAACCUGUCCCGGCAGCAACGACUGCCGCCGCCCCCAGCCGCCGGCCCAGUCAGCCACGAGCCCCUGUACGAGGCGGGCAGCAUGGCCUUCCGUGCCCUGGGCCUGGCCACACAAGCAGCCAUCGCGGCGGCUAUCGCGCUGCUCACGCUGACUGCGCUGCUGCUGGCAGCCAUGAUCUGCCGCAAGCGGCGCCAGCGGAAAAAGGAGGCGGGGCCGCCUGGCGAGGGCGUGCUCUUCGUCAACGACUACUCGGACGGGCCCUGCACCUUCGCCCAGCUGGAGGAGCUGCGAGACGAGCGGGGCCACGAGAUGUUCGUCAUCGACCGCUCCAAGCCCCUCUUUGCUGAGGGGCCGCCUGCAGAAGGCCUUCCAGACCGCGCCCCUAGCGAGGGCGCUGCGCCCGGGCUCCUGUUCCCACCGCCCAUUGCCUACGAGAUCCACUGCUGAGGCCCGGGGACUGGGGAGUCAGUAAAGGGUGGAAGCUGG